AGGCGCAGUGUCAGCGCCGCCAUUGAGGGACCCACGAUCAGGAGCAAAGGGUCGGAGGCUCUCCAACAAAUAUAUCCAGCUUUCAUUCGCGUCUUCGACUUCACUUAUAAUUUUUUGUUACCCGAAUAGUUUUGUUUUUUUCUCGUGAGUGUGUUUGCUUGACACGCGUUUACAUUUGACUGCGGAGGGUUGAGAUAUAUUUUUAAUCAUUUUCUAGAAAUAACGGGGGGGUGGAGAACCCGAACCAGCAGCUAUAACGAGGCUAUAGCGAGCUAGCUUACGUUAGCUAGCGACCUGGCUAGCUGCACUCGAACUGAGCUUCGCUCGGCGGUGGGGUGGGGGGGCCGUUUGCCUUACAUUAUCGUUUGAUGGAUCCGAGAAUUGCCUGGUUUCAGCCAGAACAACUUGGACCCGCUAACAACCUGUGGAUGCAGAUUUGGGAGACGACACAAGGGCUUGGGUACCUUUAUGUAAAUAACUGCUACACCGCUGGACCUCAGAACACUUCGAGCUCGAAAACGACCGUGAACGGGUGGUCGGGAGGCGCACUAUCUGGCAGAAACGGUACGCUCGACUCCAACACCGCCGCUGGGGAAGUCAGGACUCAGGUGAUGUCUGUCUCUACGGGGAACGGAGAAGUAACUGAACAGCGGGACUUUAUACCUCUGGACUCCAAAAGCAAUCACAACAACCGAGCCGUAGACAGGGGCGGUGUCGGUGAAGGAGGGCAGCAGCAGCAGGGCUGUGGGGUCACAGUGUUGUGGAGGGGCCACGCGGACGGACAUCCCAACAAAAGAAAAAGGGAAAAUAAAGCUAGCACAUUCGGAUUUAAUUCCAGUUUAUUGAAUAAUUUCAACUCGGGAGGACAUGACGCUUACACUGGCACGCCAUGGAAGAUCAGAAACUACGCGGACACUGUCGUAGGGUUACAUGAGGAGAUCAAGGAUUUCUAUGACUACAUUUCCCCACGGCCAGAGGAAGAGAAGAUGAGACUGGAGGUGGUGGAUAGAAUCAAAGGAGUGAUCCACGAUCUAUGGCCCAGCGCUGAGGUUCAGGUGUUUGGGAGUUUCAGCACUGGCCUUUAUCUGCCAACAAGCGACAUUGACCUGGUAGUUUUUGGCAAGUGGGAGAAACUCCCGCUUUGGACGUUGGAAGAGGCUCUUCGGAAGAGAAACGUUGCAGAUAAGAACUCCAUAAAGGUCUUGGAUAAAGCAACGGUUCCCAUCAUUAAACUGACUGACUCUGUCACUGAAGUCAAAGUGGACAUCAGCUUCAACGUGGAAAGUGGCGUUAAAGCUGCUCGGCUCAUAAAGGAAUUCAAAGAGAAGUACCCUGUGUUGCCUUACCUGGUUCUGGUGCUGAAGCAGUUUCUUCUACAAAGAGACCUCAAUGAGGUUUUUACCGGGGGCAUCGGCUCCUACAGUCUCUUUCUCAUGGCUGUUAGCUUCCUGCAGCUUCACUACAGGGAGGACGUGUGCAGUCCUAACAUCAACAUUGGCGUGCUGCUGAUUGAAUUCUUCGAACUGUACGGUCGCCACUUCAACUACCUGAAAACGGGCAUCCGGAUAAAAGACGGCGGCUCUUAUGUGGCCAAAGACGAGGUCCAGAAGAACAUGAUGGAUGGAUACAGGCCUUCUAUGCUCUACAUUGAGGACCCUCUGCAACCAGACAACGACGUUGGCAGGAGCUCAUACGGUGCCAUGCAGGUGAAGCAGGCGUUCGACUACGCCUUUGUGGUGCUCCACCAUGCUGUCUCACAGAUUGCCAAGUACUAUCCCAACAAUGAAAGUGAGAGCAUACUUGGUCGGAUAAUCCGGGUGACCAAGGAAGUGGAUGAGUACAGGGAAUGGAUCCGAAAUAAGUGGGGCAGCUCGUCGCAGAUUGAUCUGCCUCUCAACAAAAACGAUGUCAAGUUGUUGAAUCCCCAGCAGCUGGAUGAAUGCAACAACAACGUUCCAGACGACGAGGUGGUUGUUGUUCUGCCUCUAGCUCCUCGCAGCAAAACAUUCUCCAACACCUCUUCUCCACCCGCCUCCCUACGUUCGUCUCCCUCCUCCUCCCCUCUGUCGCCGCCCUCCACGUCCCCGACUUCUACCUCCAGCGAUGGGGACUCUGACGGCACACCGUGUAAGACGGCCAAGCAACAGCCUGGUCGCGGCCCCGGCACUCUCAGAGAAAAGCCAGCUGUGGCCACCAACCACCGCACACAGAAUCACUCUACCACCACUCCAGCCACAAGCAACAAAGGAGGAAAGGCCCGGAUGUCUCGUGCCCACCACAAUAACGCUCACCAAGGGCAGCAGAACUCCAACACCAAAAACAACCCGAAGAACAAACCGGUUCACCAGGGCAACAGCAAGAAGAGGAAAAAUGUACGAGACUCCACACAAGAGGAUCUCUACAGAUAGGGGUUACUUUGUUCAAUAACUCCUCCAUACCUUCUCCUUCUCCACCCGUUUUACUUCCCUCCCUCUGGAUGUUAUCGGUGAGGGCUCCGGCGACCCUUUUCAGGGUGACAAACGUUGCUUUCUUACUGAAGAGAAAACACCUUAUUGGCAGUGGGAAUCAUUUUUUUGGACCUAAACUGUAAUCAAGAGUGAAAACUCCAUUGCUUCCCAUUGGCUUCAUUUAUGGAGCACUUUUAAUUCCCGCAGCCAGGCUCUUGCACCCCCUGCUGUUCAGGAUGAGACCCAGCACCUGGAAAACUGACUGCUCCGGAGCAACACCUGGAACUGCAAAACCAGAUCACCAUUUUGAUCUUCCCGCCCUAAUAACAAAAAAAAGAAGAAAAACAAGGAAAAAAAGGAAAAAAAAAUAUUUUAAUGUACAAAAAGGAAACAAUGUCAAACACUUAUACAAUUUUUUUAUGAUGCUCACUUACAAAUGCAAUCAGUGAGAGUGGGAAUUAAGUUAUGCAUGAUAUUUUUUCUGUCGAAUUUCUCUGUGAAUCUGUUUUAUGUCGAGUUCCACAAAACAUUUGUAUAAUGCUUACAGAAAAUUGUUGCACAGACAAGAAAAAAAACUAUUUCAUAGGACCUUUUUACGACCUCAACAGAUUGGAGUCCCUUAAACAUGCACGUCUUAUGACGGCUGCCGUUUGGACGAACCAGCAGCCGGUUCGGGUCCUCAUUGCCAACAGAAAUCAUCAGCAUUUAUUUUUACUCCUGGUUCCUCUGAUCGUGUUAACGGCUAGCUUCCAUGAGGCAGAGCUCACAGUACCCACCCAUAUAUAACAGAAAUGAGCUUUGUACUCUUUAAGUAGCACAACCACAUCAGUAUAGAAGCUUGAAGGUUGAAACCUAUUGGUGGUGAUAAUGAUUUUAUUAAAAAAUCCUAAACUUGAAAUGUGUUAGCAAUUGGUCUGUGGGAAGAUAAUCUGUUUAUUUAGGAAUUUACCAACUGCAGAAUCAUUUGUAUUUGUUAAAUGUAUUUAUUUUUUUAUUAAUUACAUGGACAUAGUAUGGAUAAAUGUAUUAUUAAUAUUGUAUCUCAUAUCUUUGAGUCCUAUAUUUAAAAUAGGAUUAUUUGGAGCUGGGGUGGGAUAGGAAGAUAUAUUCAGGUACAGGUUUAAAAAAAAAAAAGAUCUUUUUAUUCUUUCUACUAGAUUUUUUUUUUCACUGACAGUUGAGUGACCAAGUUACCUUUGGAAAUUUAAGAGACCAUUUUAUAAGCACGUGGAAACAUUUUUCUUUACUAUUAGGCUGGUCUACUUACUCAAAAAGGGAUUUCUUGAUAGUUUUGUUGUACCAAUCUGAAAAAAAAAAUGCUUCUCUCGUUGCAGUACCACUACUAACCGGUAGAUGGAGCCCUGGUUCCAUGUUUAUACUGCAUGUGGACGGUAAACUCACUGACUGUUAUUAUGCUCAUUUAUCCAUUUAGUGGGUUUUUUUCCCUUUUUUUUUUGCACAUAACCUGUUGAACUGAUUAAAUAUUAGAGAGAGCAGCACACCAAAGCACAGUUAAAUUUAUUUCUCAAAAAUUACCCGCAGUUCAAGUAGCCAGCAAUAAGAAGCAAAAUAACCGACAUUUGAGUCCAUUAAAUCAGAAAAGUAAGAAAUUUAAAACCCCACCCACAUUCACCAGUGUUACAGUUGUGUUUGACGGAUUAAAAAUGGGUAUAUUGAGCCAUGUCCACUUGUUUUCACCACAAGGCUUUGAAUCCCAACUGUACUGAUUGGAAAUCCUCUGCAGCUAUUCAAAAUCAUGCAAUAAAAACAUUACCAUCUC